UAUGUGGUCAACGUUCCUGCACGGAACACAUGAUCUGGUGUACGUGCCACGGAAAAGCUGUCGGAAUCAUAGAAAAACAAACAUAAACCUUCUCAUAAAAAACAACAACAUAAACCUUCUUAUAGAAAAACAACAGCAAACAUAAACCUUCCCAACAUGGCAGAGACUCACAGUUUGCAGGACAUUAGACAACAAGCUACAGUUUCUGCCAAAGUCUUCAUACAGAGAGAUUAUACCAAUGGCACUGUGUGCCAGUUCCAAACCAAGUUCCCCGCUGAGCUGGAGACCAGGAUCGACAAACAGCAAUUUGAGGAGACGGUGAGGACGUUGAAUAACCUGUAUGCUGAGGCAGAGAAGCUUGGAAGCCAGUCUUAUAUUGAAGGGUGUUUGGCCUGCCUCACAGCUUAUACCGUCUUUUUGUGUAUGGAGACACACUACGAGAAGGUUUUGAAAAAGAUUGCAAAAUAUGUGCAGGAGCAGAACGACAAGCUCUAUUCCCCCAGAGGACUCCUGCUCACCGACCCCAUCGAGAGAGGCCUUCGAGUUAUUGAGAUCACUAUAUUUGAAGAGAGAAGCUUGACCAGAUAAAGGCUGCCAAGGAGUUGCUUGUUAGGCGGAGCGUCUGUGUCAGACCAACCCCCAAAUGACCUGGACUCUACUGCGUUUCUGCAAUCUACUACUUCAAGUAAUAUGUGUAAUAAUACAUUCAAGACUUGUUAUGGUGUUGCUGUUCCAAAUUGUCUCUUAUUGGGUUUAGUUAGCUCUUGUUUCGCUUUGUAAAUCAACAGCCUGUUUUACUUAGUCUGUUCAUAGUCCUCACUAAAUCUUUUCAAGCCAGGACUAAUUAGCUUUUGUCUGGCCUUGACCAGAUUUGAGCAAUUGUGGUAUUUUCCCCCUUCACUCAAAUUUGAAGAGUAAAGCCAAAACCAGAACACAAAACUUGUUUUUUUUUAGUAAAAAAAAUAAUAUUUAUGACUGUUAUAAAUCUGUGUCAGUCUGAUCAUUACCCCGAUGAACCUUUGAAUACUCCUUUUUUUCCACAAAACAAAUGCCGAUUGUUGUCAGACUUAGACAUUCCAGUCACGGCACCAGUUUAUAUUUAUAUUUUCCUUUGCCUUUAUUCAAAAGUUGUAGUAGUGUGAACAUGCUGUGCUCUCUUCUUACUGUGCAUGGAAUGUUCUUCGUAUUACUCAAGUGAAACUUGUCAUUUGUAUUCUGUGCCUUGAAUAGUGUUUUGGUAACUACUGUUGUCGUGUGACUCAAUAAGCAUCAUUUUUACUACCGUAGUCAGACAUGUUCCAGUCAGUGGACGCUCUGCUUUCAAUGUAUGAAUAUGAGCAGUUUUUAAAGUAAAAGUGACUGACGUUCCACAUCGAUAAGUUUCAGCUUAAACAACGAUCCGGAUGUUGCUUUAUUCGCCAUUUUAGUUAGUUAAUUAUAACAAAUACCUGUAGUCAUCCAGAGUUGUGGUUGCUACAUGUAACAGGAUCAAGUCAGAAGUGACUGUGCUGUAAUGUGGCCACACAACACACAAGUGUUGUGUUGGGUUGUGUGAACUGAUUGACAAAGACACAAAAUCAUUCACGACAAAUUUAACCUCUAAAGGCUUUAGUGGCCACAUGCGUGGACAGCACCUUUUAGCUCCUAUUUCCAAAAUUGUGUACACUGCUGAAUUGGGGUCUUAUGGCCACUUAUGUUAACACUUAUACUGCCAUCUGGUGGUGUAAAAAUAAAAAUUUGCAUGUCACUACACAUGAAGUACACGUUUGUGUACUUAUGGUCUAAGUACAUCAUAUAAAAAGAUGAUUUUUAGUUUUUAUUCUAAUUAGGGUCCAAUAAGCCCAAAUAGCAAAGAUACAUUUAAAAGAAGCAUGUAAACAAACAGCUUGGGCCUUAAGAGGUUUAAAUAUAUUUUUUCUGGUGGAGGCCCAUGUGGCUCAAAUCUAAAAUGCCGCUGAUUCUAGUACAAACAAUGAAUAUGUUUUUUUUCUGCACAGGGUGGUUUGAAAUACUUUAUAUUAAUUAUUUGAACCAUUCUAUUUGUUGGUUAAACACCUGUGUCGUUUAGCUCAUAUACAUUUGAAUGUGCGUAUAAAUUGACUUAAAUGACAUCUGCUUUGUCUGGUGGUUAUGUUGUGGACCUCAAAGGCGCAACAAAAAAAAUGCUGACUGCCUCUUGAGUGUGUACAUUUCUUUUGCUUCUACUUCAACUCUGAGGCAAUAGUGUAAACAUGUCUCUUAUACAAAUGAUUGAAUGGAUUCUGAUGCUAUGCAGCUAAUUAUUUUAUUAAUGCAUUCAUAGAUUACAUGUCAAUAAAAAUGUCUAUUAAAUUGUUGAAUUUGAACAUCCCCUCCCAAUUUCUCUAAAUAAAGUUUAAUGAAGCAAACAAUAGUAUGUAUUCUA